AUGCUUAGAGCAGUAAAGGCUGUUUCCAGCCGCCAACGUUUACAGAGGUUAACUCAAUUUAAUAGCAAAAGACUUGCUGUACCAUCCAUUUGUGGAGGUCGUCGUCUUUUAGCUACAGCACCUGAUUCAUUCCUUCAAUCCAACAAUGCCGCUUACAUCGACGAGAUGUACGAUGCAUGGAAGCAAGACCCUAGCAGUGUGCACGUUUCCUGGAAUGCUUACUUUAAGAAUAUUGAAUCAAGCAGUACUUCCCCGGCCAAUGCCUUCCAAGCACCACCAACUUUGAUUCCUCUGCCAGCAGGAGGAAUGGCUGCUUUCAUCCCAGGAACUGAUCCAACCACCUCAGAAGAUGUCGUUACUCACUUGAAAGUGCAACUUUUAGUCCGUGCUUACCAAGUUAGAGGUCACCAAAAGGCCAGAGUUGAUCCAUUAGGAAUCAGUUUUGGUGACAACUCUGAAACUCCAAAGGAACUUAGCUUGGACUACUACGGGUUCACCGACGCUGACAUGAAGAAGCAAAUUACCCUUGGACCAGGUAUUUUACCAAGAUUUGCUGAAGAUGGUAAGAAGACCAUGAGUCUCAGAGAAAUUGUGGAUAACUGUGAAAGAUUAUACUGUCAACUGUACGGUAUUGAAUAUAUCCAUAUCCCAUCUAAAGAACAAUGUGACUGGUUGAGAGAAAGAAUUGAAAUCCCAACCCCAUUCAAAUAUUCUCCUGACGAAAAGAGACAAAUCUUAGAUAGAUUGAUUUGGGCCACUAGUUUCGAAGCAUUCUUGUCUAGUAAGUUUCCUAACGAUAAGAGAUUCGGUUUAGAAGGUGCCGAAGCAGUUGUGCCAGGUUUAAAGGCCCUUAUUGAUACAUCUGUAGAAUAUGGUGUUGAAGAUGUCGUCAUUGGUAUGCCACACAGAGGUAGAUUGAAUAUGUUGAGUAACGUUGUAAGAAAACCAAAUGAAUCUAUCUUUUCCGAAUUCACUGGAUCCAAAGAAUUCGAUGAAGGUUCUGGAGAUGUGAAAUACCAUUUAGGUAUGAACUACGCCAGACCAACAACCAGUGGUAAGCACGUUAACUUGUCUUUGGUUGCUAACCCAUCACAUUUGGAAGCUUCUGAUCCUGUUGUCUUAGGUAAGACCAGAGCUAUCUUACACUACAAGAAUGACAUUGGUGAAUUCAAGAAAUCUAUGCCAAUUUUGUUACAUGGUGAUGCUGCUUUCGCAGGUCAAGGUGUGGUUUACGAAACUAUGGGUUUCGCUAACUUACCAGCCUACUCUACUGGUGGAUGUGUCCACAUUAUUGUGAAUAACCAGAUUGGUUUCACUACUGAUCCAAGAUUUGCAAGAUCAACUUUAUAUCCAUCUGAUAUCGCCAAGUCAUUUAACGCACCAAUUUUCCACGUUAAUGCCGAUGAUAUUGAAGCAUGUAUCUUCGUCUUCAACUUAGCUGCUGAAUGGAGAGCCACUUUCCACUCUGAUGUUAUUAUUGAUGUUGUUGGUUACAGAAAGUACGGUCACAAUGAAACUGAUCAACCAGCUUUCACCCAACCAUUAAUGUAUCAAAAGAUUGCCCAAAAGAAGUCUGUCAUUGAUUACUACACUGAACAAUUAAUUAAAGAAAACACCUUCUCUAAGGCCGAUAUCGAAGAACACAAGAAAUGGUGUUGGAACACUUUAGAAGAAAGUUUCAGCAAGAGUAAAGAGUACCAACCUACCUCUAGAGAAUGGCUUUCUACUCCAUGGGAAGAUUUCAAGAGUCCAAAGGAAUUGGCUACUGAAAUUUUACCACACUUACCAACUGCUGUCGAAGAAUCUGUCUUGAAGGAUAUUGGUGCAAAGAUUAGUGAUGCUCCAGAAGGAUUUGAAGUUCACAGAAACUUGAAGAGAAUCUUGAAUACUAGAAAGAAGACUGUAGAGACUGGUGAAGGUAUCGAUUGGGCUACCGGUGAAGCAUUAGCAUUUGGUUCUUUGACUUUGGAAGGUUACCAUGUCAGAGUUAGUGGACAAGAUGUUGAAAGAGGUACUUUCUCUCAAAGACAUGCUGUUUUGCAUGAUCAAAAUUCUGAAGCUACAUAUACCCCAUUGCAACACUUAAGUGAAGAACAAGCCAGUUUCGAUAUCUCCAACUCAUCAUUAUCUGAAUAUGGUGUUAUGGGUUUCGAAUACGGUUACUCUUUAACCAGUCCAGAUGCUUUGGUUCAAUGGGAAGCCCAAUUCGGUGAUUUCGCUAACACCGCUCAAGUCAUUGUUGAUCAAUUCCUUUCAGGUGCUGAAAGUAAAUGGAAGCAAAGAUCAGGUCUUGUAUUAUCAUUACCUCACGGUUAUGAUGGUCAAGGUCCAGAACAUUCUUCUGGUAGAAUCGAAAGAUACUUACAAAUGUGUAACGAAGACCCAAGAUACUUCCCAUCACCAGAAAAGUUGGAAAGACAACACCAAGAUUGUAAUAUGCAAGUUGCUUACCCAACCACCCCAGCUAACUUGUUCCAUUUGCUUAGACGUCAAAUGCACAGACAGUUUAGAAAGCCAUUGAUUGUUUUCUUCUCCAAGUCCUUGUUACGUCAUCCAUUAGCCAGAUCUGAGUUGAGUGAAUUCACUGGAGAAUCACACUUCCAAUGGAUCAUUGAUGAUGUUGAAUUAAAUAAGAGCAUUGGAAGUAAGGAAGAUAUUAAGAGAGUUGUAUUAUGUUCUGGUCAAGUUUACACUGCUUUACAUAAGAAGAGAGCUCUGCUUGAAGAUAAGACUACUGCUCUUGUGAAGAUUGAACAAAUUCAUCCAUUCCCAUACGCACAAUUAAAAGAAACCUUAGACAGUUAUGGGUCAUUGGAAGAUCUUGUUUGGUGUCAAGAAGAACCAUUAAACAUGGGUUCUUAUGCCUUCGUUCAACCAAGAAUUGGUACUGUUUUGAAGGAAUCCGAAAACCAUAAAGACAAGGAUUUAAGAUUCGCUGGUAGAGACCCAAGUGCCUCCAUUGCUGCUGGUUCUAAGUCCAUGCACACUGUAGAAGAGGAUCAUUUCUUAAACGAAGUUUUCAACUAG